UUUUCAAAAGUUCCCUUCCCUUUGUUAUAUAGCCAGUUAGGCUCCGGAUAACUCAAAACCCUAAUACUUGCCCAGGAUUUUUUGGCAAUGGGAAUUCUAUCUUGGUUCGGCAAAGGCAACGGAAAGAAGGAAGAAUCUCGGGUCUCAAAACCCGACCCGAAACAUCAGGCAGUGGAGGCCCCGGGCAUGAACGGGGCGGUCGAGGUCCGGAGACCCGACCCUCCAGCAGUUGACGUGUCGGUUUUCGAAUUCGGGUCGGUGGCCGCCUCCGCUGACAAGGUGACUCUGGCGGGCUACUGUCCCGUUUCCGACGAACUCGAGCCGUGCCGGUGGGAGAUCCUGCCGGCGAGUGGCUCCGACGCGCCUCAGUUCCGGGUUGUCUUUUGAACUAUCGGAGGAGAAAUUAGGAGAAGUGGGGAGGGACUGAGAGAGCUGCUUGAGUUGUUCGUCGUAGAAAAUUGUGACUUUGGUGGCGUGCUGAAGAGGGAAUGUAAUUUGUAUUUCUGGAGAUUUUCCUCAUAUAUAAAGUUUGACUUUUCAGAUGCAAUUACGCUAGCUUAUUGUAUAUUGCGUUGUUUUGGAUGCUUUCAUGUAAGAACUCCAUUUUUGUAUCUGAAAAUUCCUUGAUUGUAGUUUUGUA